AUGAGACCCGAUCUCGCAGUCGUGUUAUUCACCCUGUUCUCCUCGGCGGUCGCAUCGGCCAUCGACGGUCCUCUUCACAUCAAGCGCGUCGAUUCCGCACCCAGCACCGACGAGCACGACCUGUACAAGCGUCGUGGCGGCGGUGGAGGAGGUGGACGCGGAGGCAGUAGUGGUGGCAGUCGAGGCGGAAGCAGUGGUGGAAGCAGAGGUGGGAGCUCCAGCAGCGGUAGUCGCGGCGGUUCAAGCGGCGGCUCCAGCGGCGGUUCCAGCCGUGGAAGUUCAUCAGGCUCAUCUCGUCCAGGUUCAGGUUCAAGUGGUGGACGCACACCCGCUCGCGGUCCCCAGCCCAGCUACGCCGGCGGCCAAUAUGCAGGCGGCGCAUCGAGACCCUACUCGUCCGGUAGCAAAAGUCCCAGCGGUAUCAAGCCCGUUCUUUUAGGUGCUGGUAUUGGUGGUGCUGCUGCCCUUGCCUUCUGGCCUGGUUUGUGGCUGGGCGGCGCAUACAUGUACCACUACCCCAAUUCGUACCGGUACUACAACGAGUCAAGUGAGGAGGAGGAGGAUCGCCCUAUUCUUUGCGCGUGCUCAAAGGAGGCUUCGUGUGGAUGCGACCAGGACGACAAGGUCAACAACACUGCGCUUUACGAUGAACUCAUCGGAAACGGUAGCUACGAGCACCUCAACAAGUCGAUUGUCGAUGUCGCCGAGGUCAACGGUACCACAACUAUCCUUCUUAACGGAACUCUUCCCAAAGACACUGCCCUUCCCUCAGAAGGCAGUUCCUCGGGAUCUGGAUCGGGAGAUAGUGACAGUGCUGCUGCCCGAGCCAUGAUCGAAGCCAUGGGCUACUGGCCCGCAGCAGCAGCCGUCCUAGCAGCCGUUCUCAUCGCCUAA